AUGGCUUCACAACUCUUCUCCUUGUUCUUCCCACCACUUCCUUCUUCAACCACGCUAACCUUCAAUACCUUUUUCGGUUUUCUCUUUCUCGUAGCCGUCUUCGGCUACUGGCUAGUUCCCGGUGGUCUUGCUUGGGCUCUGUCGAAGCACAGAACUUCAAUUCCCGGCCCUUCCGGUCUUCCAGUUCUUGGCCUUGUUUUAGCUUUCACUGGAACUCUUACUCAUAGAGUCCUUGCUAAGCUCGCUUAUACCUUCAAGGCCAAGCCUUUAAUGGCAUUCUCUGUUGGGUUUACUCGUUUUAUCAUCUCCACAAACCCUGACACGGCCAAAGAGAUUCUCAACAGUUCAGCUUUCGCUGAUCGACCUGUUAAGGAAUCAGCUUAUGAACUUCUCUUUCACCGAGCAAUGGGUUUCGCACCCUUUGGUGAGUACUGGAGGAAUCUGAGGAGGAUUUCCGCUACUCACAUGUUCUCUCCUCGGAGGAUUGCUUCCUCCGGCGAGUUUCGUGCCACGGUUGGGGCUCGGAUGGUGAGGGAUAUCAUGGGCAUGAUGGAGAGGAACGGUGAGGUUGUGGUGAGAAAGGUGUUGCAUUUUGGGUCGUUGAACAACGUGAUGAUGAGUGUGUUUGGGAGGAGUUAUGAGUUUGGUGAGGGUGGUGAUGGGUGUGAGGUUGAGGAGUUGGUUAGGGAAGGGUAUGAUUUGCUUGGGGUUUUCAAUUGGAGUGACCACUUCCCUCUAUUGGGUUGGUUGGAUUUCCAAGGUGUGAGGAAGAGGUGCAGGAAUCUGGUGGCAAGAGUGAAUCUUUUUGUUGGGAAAAUCAUAUGGGAACAUAGGAUAAAAAGGGUUGUUCAAGUUGAAGAAGAAAAGAACGCCGAUGAGUGCUAUGGUGAUUUUGUUGAUGUGCUGCUCCAUUUGGAGAAAGAGAACAGGCUUCAACACUCUGAUAUGGUUGCUGUUUUAUGGGAAAUGAUCUUUAGGGGCACUGAUACAGUGGCAAUACUUUUAGAAUGGAUUCUUGCAAGGAUGACUCUGCACCCAGAAAUCCAAGCAAAGGCCCAAACAGAGAUUGACUCAGUUGUUGGCUAUGGUCGAAUAGUGACUGAUCUUGACCUUCCAAACCUGCAUUACCUACGUGCAAUAGUAAAGGAAACAUUAAGGAUGCACCCACCGGGUCCUCUCCUUUCAUGGGCCAGGCUAGCAAUAGAAGACACCCACGUAGGACAGCACUUCAUUCCAGCUGGCACCACAGCAAUGGUGAACAUGUGGGGCAUAACACAUGACCAUGAUGUCUGGUCCGACCCAGAAAAGUUCAAACCGGAGCGAUUUAUGGAAGGAGAAGAUGUCCCAAUUUUGGGGUCUGACCUAAGGUUGGCACCUUUUGGUGCUGGAAGAAGGGUAUGCCCUGGUAAAGCAAUGGGCUUGGCUACCGUUGAGCUUUGGCUUGCAAUUUUACUUCAGAGCUUCAAAUGGAUGCCUGGUGAUUCUGUUGUGGACUUGUCUGAGUGCUUGAAACUCUCUCUCGAGAUGAAAUCCUCUCUGGUCUCCAAUGUUGUUGCAAGGCCUGCCCUGCCGCCGGUACUUGCUUCGGCCAUGAAUAAAUGAACAAACCAUCUUAUUUAUGUCAACUUCCAAUAUAACUUACAUGAUA